AUGGAGGCCAGAGGGGAGUGCUUUCCUAAACAAAGGCAAGUCCUGAUUCUCCUUCUUUUACUGGGAGUGGCUAUGGCAGGCUGGGAACCCCGUCGCUAUUCUGUGAUGGAGGAAACAGAGAGCCGCUCUUUUGUGGCCAACCUGGCCAAGGACCUAGGGUUGGGAGUGGGGGAGCUAUCUGCGCGGGGAGCCCGGGUGGUCUCUGAGGAUAACGAACCACGCUUGCAGCUUGAUCUGCAGACCGGGGAGUUGAUACUAAGUGAGAAACUGGACCGGGAGGAGCUGUGCGGCCCCACUGAGCCCUGUGUAAUGCAUUUCCAAGUGUUACUGAAAAAACCUUUGGAAGUAUUUCGAGCUGAGCUACUGGUGAGAGACAUAAACGAUCACUCUCCUGAAUUUUCUGAAAGAGAAAUGGUUCUGAAAAUCCUAGAGACUAGCCCUCCUGGAAGCGUGUUUCCUCUGAAAAAGGCUCAGGACUUGGAUGUGGGCAACAACAACAUUCAAAACUACAAUAUUGGUCUCAACUCUUAUUUCCAUGUUUCCACUCGCACCCGGGGGGAUGGCUCCAAAUACCCAGAGCUGGUGCUAGACAAAGAACUGGAUCGUGAGCAGCAGGCAGAGCUCAGAUUAACCCUGACAGCGCUGGAUGGUGGCUCUCCACCGCGCUCAGGCACCUCCCAGAUCCGCAUCUUGGUCGUGGACGUCAAUGACAAUGCCCCGGAGUUUGCGCAGGCGCUCUACGAGGUGCAGGUCCCAGAGAACAGCCCGGUAGGCUCCCUAGUUGCCAAGGUCUCUGCUAGGGAUUUAGACACCGGGACAAAUGGAGAGAUUUCAUACUCUCUUUUUUAUAGUUCUCAGGAGAUAAGCAAAACUUUUGAAGUAAGCAGCCUUUCAGGGGAAAUUCGACUAAUUAAAAAACUAGAUUUUGAGACAAUAUCCUCAUAUGAGCUAGAUAUAGAGGCAUCCGAUGGCGGGGGACUUUCUGGAAAAUGCUCGGUCUCUAUUAAGGUGCUAGAUGUUAACGAUAAUGCCCCAGAAUUAACCAUUUCAUCACUUACCAGCCCUAUUCCAGAAAACUCCCCUGAGACAGAAGUGGCUCUGUUUAGGAUUCGAGACCGAGACUCCGGGGAAAACGGAAAAAUGGUUUGCUCAAUUCAGGACAAUGUUCCAUUUACGCUGAAACCUUCAGUUGAAAAUUUCUACAGGCUGGUAACAGAAGGGGCGCUAGACAGAGAGAUUAGAGCCGAGUAUAACAUCACCAUCACAGUCAACGAUUUGGGGACUCCCAGGAUGAAAACCGAGCAAAACAUAACCGUGCUGGUCUCCGACGUCAAUGACAACGCCCCCGCCUUCACCCAAACCUCCUACACCCUGUUCGUCCCAGAGAACAACAGCCCCGCCCUGCACAUCGGCAGCGUCAGCGCCACAGACAGGGACUCAGUCGCCUUGGCGUCGGUGUCCUCGCUCUUCCUCUUCUCGGUGCUGCUGUUCGUGGCGGUGCGGCUGUGCAGGAGGGACAGGGCGGCCUUGGGUGGUCGCUGCUCCGUGCCUGAGGGCCACUUUCCGGGCCACCUGGUAGACGUCAGCGGCACGGGGACCCUGUCCCAGAGCUACCAGUAUGAGGUGUGUCUGACGGGAGACUCUGAGAGUAAUGAAUUCAAAUUUUUGAAGCCUAUCUUCCCCAAUAUUCUGGGCCAGGAUUCUAGGAGAAAACCAGAAUUUCCAGAAUAA